GUGCAAAUCGCAACAGCCUUGAAUGGAAAUUGUGAAGGACGUAUAAAGGAACCCAAUUGCCAAGACUGUUCCUCUUUUCCUUUUGGCAAGUCAGGUCCCUCACUGCCCCUAGAACUGAUGCUGCUGGCUCUCUUAGCUCCGACUCCCAACACAUGGUGUCCCGAUACCCUUCUCUCACAAAUAUCACAUCCGAUGAUUUUAUUCCGCAUCAUCAAUUAAAGGAAGACGAGGAAUUUACAAAGCUUUCACCAAUAAAUCAACUACUUUAUAUAAGUAAAAAUCUAUGAUAAAGAAUUGGAAAAUAUUUCUUCUGGAUGAUGGAAAUAACGGCAACAUUUUCUUGUUUUUGCUGUGUGGAAUGUAGAGAAGAUGAUUGCAUUACAGGUUAAAUAAACUUGAUUAGCUUUACAAAGGACUUGACAGUUUUCAUCUGUUUUGGAUAUUAAACAAAAUCAGAGAUAAAAAAAUAUAAUAUUAAAUUGCAGCGUGGAAGGUGUUUGUAAGCCAUUCAAGAAACACACAAAAGCCGUUCGAUUCACUUCAACAUUGAAGUUUAAUUUGUCGAAAUAUUUUCGUCGCUUUAAGACCGCGACCUGUUCACUGACGAAAAUCCGUGCUGCUAUGCAAGUACAUCUCCGUAAAUAUUAAAUUAUUCUCUGAAAAUAGUGACGCAACUGAAUGCUACCAUAUUCAUUGGAAUGAAAAAGACAUCUUUGUGUCAUGUAUGACAAAUUAUUCUCUUAAAAUGAGUAAUUUAAAUAAACCAAAAAUCGCUGAUACAGAAGAGAAGUCUUUCACUGAAGAAAGAGUCUUAACUAAACAGAAAUGCAUUCAGACAACGGUGAAACCAUAUCACUGUAAUGUCUGUGGUAAAUCAUUCUCUCAAAGUAUUGUGUUGACCCGUCACGUGCGUACGCAUACAGGGGAGAAGCCGUAUCAUUGCAAUAUCUGUGGUAAAUCAUUCACUCAGAGUGGAGACUUGAUUAAACACAGACCUACACAUACAGGAGAGAAACCAUUUCAUUGUGAUAUCUGUGGUAAAUCAUUCUCCAGAAACAGUCAAUUGACUAGGCACCACCGUGUUCAUACUGGGGAAAGACCUCAUAAAUGUGACAUCUGUGGUAAAUCAUUUUCUGAAACUAGUAAGCUGACUAUUCAUAAGCGUAUUCAUACCGGGGAAAAACCAUUUCACUGUGAUAUCUGUGAUAAAUCGUUCUCUGAAUCCGGUCACCUAACAAUUCACAAACGUAUUCAUUCGGGUGAGAAGCCAUACCCUUGUGAUAUCUGUGGUAAAUCAUUCUGUCGGCGUGGUGAUUUGAGUAAACACAAAACUACACAUACAGGAGAAAAGCCGUAUCAUUGCGACAUCUGUGAUAAAUCAUUUGCUGAAAAUAACGCUUUAAUUAUUCACAAACGUAUUCAUACAGGAGAGAAGCCAUAUCAUUGUAAUAUCUGUUGUAAAUCUUUCUCUCAAAAAAGUCACUUGCUUAAACACAAACCUACACAUACAGGAGAGAAAUCAUAUCAUUGUGAUAUCUGUGGAACCUCAUUCUCUAGAAAUAGUCACUUGACUAGUCACAAAGGUAUUCAUGCUGGAGAAAACCCAUAUCAGUGUGAUAUCUGUGGUGAAUCAUUUUCUCAUAAUAGCUCUUUAACUUAUCACAAACGUGUUCAUACAGGUGAGAAGCCAUAUCAUUGUAACAUCUGUGGUAAAUCUUUCUCUCUAAAUAGUAACUUGACUAAACACAAACAUACACAUACAGGAGAGAAAGCAUAUCAUUGUAAUAUCUGUGGCAAAACGUAUUCAUACUGGAGAAAACCAUAUCCAUGUGAUAUCUGUGGUAAAUCAUUUUCUCAUAAUAGUGAUUUAACUCGUCACAAACAUAUUCAUACAGGAGAGAAGCCAUAUCAUUGUAAUAUUCGUGGUAAAUCUUUCAUUCAAAUUGGUGAGUUGAUUAAACGCAAACUUACACAUACAGGAGAGAAAGCAUAUCCUUGUAAUAUCUGCGGUAAAUCAUUUUCUAGAAAUAGUAACUUGACCAGUCACAAACAUAUUCAUACUGGGGAAAAACCAUAUCAUUGCAAUAUCUGUGGCAGAUCAUUUUCUGCAAACAGUCUCUUGAUUAGGCACAAACGUAUUCAUACUGGGGGAAAACCGUAUCAGUGUGAUAUCUGUGGUAAAUCAUUUUCUCAAAGUAGUGACUUGCCUAAACAUAAACUCUCCCAUACAGGAGAGAAGCCAUUUUAUUGUAAAUUCUGUGGUAAAUAUUUUUCUGAAAAUAGCAGUUUAAGUAGUCACAAAUGUAAACAUAGAGGAGAAAAGCCAUAUGACUGUAAUAUCUGUGGUAAAUCGUUUGCUAGCAAUAGUUGCUUGAUUAUUCACAAACGUAUUCAUACCAGUGAGAAGCCAUAUCAUUGUAAUAUCUGUGGUAGGUCAUUUUCUGGAAGUAGUGACUUGAUUAAACACAAACGUAUUCAUACAGGAGAGAAGCCAUAUCAUUGUAAUAUCUGUGGUAAAUCAUUUGCUGACAGUAGCAAUUUAAAUUGUCACAAACGUGUUCAUACUGGAGAGAGGCCAUAUCAUUGCAAUAUCUGUGAUAAAGCAUUCCCAACAAGUAGUUAUUUGACUGAUCACAAAUGUAUUCAUACUGGGGAAAAGUUUUAUCAGUGUGAUAUUUGUGGUAAAUCAUUCGCUAGAAAUAGUCAAUUGACUUGUCACAAACGCAUUCAUACAGGAGAGAAGCCAUAUCAUUGUAAUAUCUGUGGUAAAUCAUUCUCUCGUAAUAGUCAUUUGACUAGGCACAAACGUAUUCAUACAGGAGAGAAGCCAUAUCAUUGUGAUAUCUGUGGCAAAUCAUUUUCUUGUAAUAGUGAUUUGACUAGACAUAAACGUAUUCAUACUGGAGAGAAGCCAUAUCAUUGUGAUAUCUGUGGCAAAUCAUUUUCUUGUAAUGGUGGCUUGACUGUCCAUAAACGUGUUCAUACAGGAGAGAAGCCAUAUCGUUGUGAUAUCUGUGGUAAAUCAUUCUCUUAUAGUAGCCACUUGACUAAACAUAAACAUAUUCAUACAGGAGAGAAGCCAUGUCGUUGUGAUAUCUGUGGCAAAUCAUUUUCUUGUAGUAGUGGCUUGACUGUCCAUAAACGUGUUCAUACAGGAGAGAAGCCAUAUCGUUGUGAUAUCUGUGGUAAAUCAUUCUCUUAUAGUAGCCUCUUGACUAAACAUAAACGUAUUCAUACAGGAGAGAAGCCAUGUUGUAAUAUCUGUAGUAAAUCAUUUUCUUGUAAUAGUGAUUUGACUGUCCAUAAACGUGUUCAUACAGGAGAGAAGCCAUAUCGUUGUGAUAUCUGUGGUAAAUCAUUCUCUUAUAGUAGCCUCUUGACUAAACAUAAACGUAUUCAUACAGGAGAGAAGCCAUGUCAUUGUGAUAUCUGUAGUAAAUCAUUUUCUUGUAAUAGUGACUUGACUAAACAUAAGCGUAUUCAUACAGGAGAGAAGCCAUAUCGUUGUCAUAUCUGUGGCAAAUCAUUUUCUUGUAAUAGUAGCUUGACUGUCCAUAAACGUAUUCAUACAGGAGAGAAACCACAUCACUGUGAUGUCUGUGGCAAAUCAUUUUCUUGUAAUGGUGGCUUGACUAAACAUAAACGUAUUCAUACAGGAGAGAAGCCAUAUCGUUGUGAUAUCUGUGACAAAUCAUUUUCUCGUAAUAGUCAUUUGACUAGGCACCAACGUACUCAUACAGGAGAGAAGCCAUAUCAUUGUGAUAUCUGUGGUAAAUCAUUUUCUUGUAAUAGUGACUUGACUGUCCAUAGACGUGUUCAUACAGGAGAGAAGCCAUAUCGUUGUGAUAUCUGUGGCAAAUCAUUUUCUUGUAAUAGUGAUUUGACUAAACAUAAACGUAUUCAUACAGGAGAGAAGCCAUAUCAUUGUGAUAUCUGUAGUAAAUCAUUUUCUUAUAAUGGUGACUUGACUAAACAUAAGCGUAUUCAUACAGGAGAGAAGCCAUAUCGUUGUGAUAUCUGUAGUAAAUCAUUUUCUUAUAAUGGUGACUUGACUAAACAUAUGCGUAUUCAUACAGGAGAGAAGCCAUAUCGUUGUGAUAUCUGUAGUAAAUCAUUUUCUCGUAAUAGUCAUUUGACUAGGCACCAACGUGUUCAUACAGGAUAGAAACCAUAUCAUUGUGAUAUCUGUGGUAAAUUAUUCUCAUACAAUGGUGACUUCACUAAUUAUAAGCAUAUUCAUACUGGGGAAGAACAAUAUCACUGUGAUAUCUAUGGUAAAUCAUUCUCAUACAAUGGUGACU